UGUAAUUUGUAAUUACAUAAACGUGGCGACUUGUAAUCAAAAUUCUGGUAAAGGAAACAUGACCAAUAAAUAUCCAGGUAAGUUGGAAGUCAUUCAUAAUGAUAAGGUGCAUUUUGAUGGAACUUGUAACAGAAUAGUGCAGAAAGUUUUGGAUAGAAUUUUAACGCUUUUACAGUGGAAGGAGUGGUUGACAGGUGGAAUUCCGAAAUAUGAAGACCACGAAAAAUGUGAUUGCUUCUCAACGACUUUAGGCUUAGAGUUAGAGUGUAAGUUGAAUAUUGAGGAUGACCCAACUAGCCCGGUCUUGAGAGGUGAAGAAAUGAUUCAUCAUCUCAUUAGAAAAUGGAAUGUAUCCUCGAAAUGGAUGUAUUUUAUAAGAUUUUUAAGAAAGUCUGAAGAAGAUCUUUCAACAAAGUUUCAUUACUCAGUACAAUGGAGUCUUCCAACCCCAGAAAAUCCCAUUCCUAUGACUACUGCGGCUGUUUAUGUUACACAAGUUUGACUCCUAAA